CGAAGUAAACUCUUGAGCACUUCGGUGGGCCAUAUAUAAAACAGAGACAUGGUGGACUCAGCCGUGAGGCGGUGGUUCACGGCGGCGGUAUUGAUUGCAUCACUGUCGGAGCCGGCGGUUAGCGGCCCACAAACCAACCAGCUAAACAAGGGGUGCAGCCAGUACAAUGCUACCGACACCACAGAUUUCUCCCGGAGACUCAACUACAGCUUUGCAGAUCUGAGAAACCAGCUAUUAUUGUCCCACCGGCAAAACAACAACAGCAAACACUUCGCCACCACUGGGCCGCCUGUCUAUGCCAUGGUCCAGUGCAGAAACUACCUCUCCGCCGCUGACUGCGUUGCCUGCUAUGACACGGCAGUGGUGGCCAUCCGAAGUUGUUCCUCCGCCAACGGUGGCCGUGUCAUAUUUGACGGCUGCUUCCUCAGGUACGAGAGCAAUAACUUCUAUGAUCAGACUACCCUACCAGGAAACCUUGCAAUUUGCAGCAACAGAACUGCCCUUCAAAGAGUUCCCUUCAAUGCAACAGUAGAACAACUGCUGAAUGAACUUCAGACUGCAACACCCAAAAUUGAUGGGUUUUUCGCUGCAACAAAGCGGGUGGUCUCUGGCGGGAGCAGUGGUGGUGCAGCCGCCUAUGCGGUGGCCCAAUGUGCGGAAACCAUCAGCAAAAGCGGCUGUCAAGAUUGCUUGGCGGUGGCUCACAAGAACAUACAAGGGUGUUUGAGGAGUUCAGGGAAGAAGAAAGCGAUUAUUAUUGGAUGUGUUGUUGGAGGGAAUAUUUCUGGGACAACUCAGAGAGGUCCAGAGACUUAUAGAUACAAAGAUUUAAAAGCUGCAACAAAAGAUUUCUGCGAAGAAAAUAAACUCGGUGAAGGAGUGAAGAAAUUGGCCAUGAUUUCGAGUAGGGCAAAAGCAGACUUUGACAGUGAGGUUAAGCUCAUUACAAACGUCCAUCAUCGUAAUCUCAUUCGACUACUUGGAUGUUCUUCCAAAGGAGAAGAUCUGCUACUGGUCUAUGAAUACAUGGCAAAUGGCAGCCUUGACAAAUACUUAUAUGGAGAGAAACGAGGGACGCUGAACUGGAAGCAACGCUUUGAUAUAAUAUUUGGUUCAGCAAGGGGUCUUGCCUAUCUACACGCCCAGUUCCAUGCUCUUACCCGAAAACCAGAGUCAUCUAGAAACUUUGUAAGCCUGGCUGCCCUAUUGUUUUCACCUGAGUUUUACUUUGGAUUAUGGAGAUAUACAGAUCCAGACUAUGCAAUUCAUGGUCAUUUGUCUGAAAAAGUUGACACCUACAGUUUUGGUGUCCUCGUCCUGGAGAUUGUUAGUGGGCGAAGAAGCGGCGACGUCGAAUCUGACCCUGAAAAUGAGUAUCUCCUUGAGCAGGACUUAAUAAUGACCUCGUGGGAGGAAUAAUGUUCAGUAAUGCUAGACAUUUACUUGAAUAAUGACGACUUGUUAAUGACCAAAAGUCCUACAUUGGGAAAUAAAAACAUAUGGUCCUA